AUGGGGAAUCACGAUGGAGCUUCAGCAGACGAGGGAAUGCAACUAGGAGUUCAAUUGGAAGAAAACAUUUCCAGUCAGAGGUUCUUCAACCAAAUGAAUCGCAUGGAGGAGACCCUCAACCAACAAGGACUCAUCAAUCAAACAGUGAUGGCAAGAUUGCAAGAAUUAGGUUCUCAAUUGCAAGAACUCAAGAGAACCAAGGAUCAGGCAACUCUGAGUUCAUUAAACAAUGGCGUGAGAAUCAAUCAAGGAAUCUUAGGGGCAGGGUCCAGAGAUGAACGUGGGAUUCCUGGAUCAGACAAUAAUAAUCAGAUUCAUGAGAAUAAUCCUCAAACACAGAGGAGGAUUGAUUUGUCUGGUGAAUGUCCCCCAACUCCUAGCCAAAAUCAUGGUAAUUUCUUGAACCACAAGAAUUCCUUUUUUAGUAAUCAGAAAUUAGUUCAACCGAAAUCUCUGAGGCUAGAUUUUCCAUCUUUUUCUGGUUCUGAGAAUGUGAUCUCUUGGUUGGAACAAAUUGAGCAAAUAUUUGAUUACUAUGAUAUCAAAGAGGAUGAGUGGGUUAAGGUCUGUUCUUUUUAUCUAAGGGAUGAGGCCCUACAGUGGUUUAGAUGGUUUACAAAAAAUCUUGACUACUAUAAUCACUGGAAGGUCUUUAAAGAAGAGAUCAUUACCAGGUUUGGGCCUAGUGAGCUCCUCAGACCAUAUGACACAUUCUCAACUAUGAAGCAAACAUCUACUGUGAGGGAAUAUUUGGGGAAAUUUGAGAAAACUUUAAGUCUGUUAGAUGAUCAACCCUCAAAACGUCACAUAUUGGAAAAAAUUAUAGGGGGUUUGAAGGAUGAGUUGAGGUAUGAGGUAGCUGCUGCGAGACCCCCAUCUCUGAAAGGAGCAGUAUCCUUGGCCAAGUUAUUUGAGGAUAAACAAAAAAAUGAGAAGAAAGUUAGAGGUAAUUGGAAUGUCUUUAAUCAAGGAAGUCCUUCAACUCGUACAUCUAUCGAGACUCCUGUUCAAGAAAGACUGAAAUCAAGUCCACAAGUCAAGAAGCUCACUCCUGAAGAAAUUCAAAGAAGAAGAAGUCAGAAUAUCUGCUUCACUUGUGACGAAAAAUGGCAUAGGGGACAUCAGUGCAAGGAUAAGCGCUUGUUCAUAUUGGAGGGCAUCAUGACAGGAGUUACGGAGGAAGAUGUCAAUGACUCCUUAGAAGAGGAAGCUGGACAUGUAGCAGUUGAAUUGGCUGAAAGCUUAUUGAGAGGGGCUCCAUCUAUCUCUGUGCAGGCUUUUAGUGGAAUAACAGCUUCCCAUACCAUUAGAAUAGUGGGUUAUUAUAAAAAUCAAGCCAUUAGCAUCUUGAUAGACUCUGGCUCCACCCAUAAUUUUAUCAAUUCCAAAUUAGUCAAGAAACUGGGCCUGACAGUGACAGAGUAUAGUAACUUUGAUGUCUUGGUAGCCAGUGGAGAGGUAAUCAAGGGAGCUGGGGUAUGCCAAGAAGUUUCACUUGAUUGUCAAGGGGUAAAUAUACAGGUCAAUUUGUUAGUAAUGCCUAUGGGAGGCAGUCAGAUUGUAUUGGGUGCAGAUUGGAUGAAGACUUUAGAGGACAUCACAUUGAAUUUCCAAAAAUUACAAGUGACAUUCUUAAGUGAUGGAAUCAAAAGAACCUUGCAGGGGGAAAUUCCAGGAGAAAUGCAAUUAGUCAAUGAAAAAAGCAUUGCCAAAUCAGUUAGAGAACAUGGACAAGGUUUCCUGAUUCAACUGUGUAGUGUAAGUCUGCGGGAAUCAAAAUGGGAGGGCUUCAGUGAAGAAUUACCUGAAGACAUGCAUCAGUUGAUUCAAGAAUUUGAUGUGAUUUUCCAGGAAUUGCCACACCUUCCUCCUGCCAGGGAAAUAGACCAUCGAAUUCCACUUGAGCCUGGAACAAAGCCAGUAUGUAUCAGACCUUACAGACAUGCACACUUUCUGAAGGAAGAAAUUGAAAAGCAAAUUGAAGAGAUGUUACGAAUCGAACUGUCUAGGGCCAGCUGA